AUGAUUUCAACAAUCUCACUUUUCCACAGCCACAAAGAAGACUUCUGGUGUGUAACCAUGCUGAAGGUGAUGCUUAUUAUGGGAUGUCUGCUGUGCCUGAGCCUGGCCUCCACUGGGGAGACGGCUCACAAACGUGUAGCCCGCUCCAGCGACGGCUCCGACUCAAAUCAGCAGACCACCACCACUACCACCAAUAAUCUGUUAAACCUGAUCCUUCAGCUCCUAGCAGCACUGGCCACAACCACCACUGCUACCACCACCACGGCCACCACCACCACCACUACCACCGCCGCCCCCGGAGGCUGA